AUGCAGUCCUCGCCGGGGUGCCCGACGCCCCUGCUCCCGGAGUUCUCCACGGAGCUCGCGCGCCUCAAGACGCAGCUCGGGCAGACCGCCGACCGGUGGGCGCGCGCCCACCUCGCGGAGCUCGGCGACGCCGCAGCGGCCAGGGUGCUCCGGACGGUCGCCGAGACCGGACCCGGUGUGGAGCUGUCCGCCUUCAUGAACCACCUCGCCAGCAGAGGCCAUGCAACAAGAACGCCAUGA